UGAUAGUUUUGUGAUUGUUGAGUUAAUGCACUAAGCAACUACUAACAGGUGCUAACAUUUUUCAUACUUUUCAUGGCUCUCACUACAUACUAACAACAUGGGUUUCAUUAAUGGUGGCGGACAUGUUCUGCGUUUACACAGGUUCCAGGAUUAUUUUUGCAUGUUCAAAACACAUCACACGAUUGGCAAUACUACGCACAACAGUCGGAGAUGGCUAGCAGAGCAAUGCCCCGAGGAAGCUAUUGGCCGCGAGGAAAAAUGUUGGGAGGUUGCAGUUCCAUGAAUUUCAUGCUGUAUGUGAGAGGAAAUGAUCGCGAUUACAACGGGUGGGCAGAGAACGGAUGCGACGGAUGGAGCUGGCAGGAGGUGUUACCGUAUUUUAAAAAAUCUGAAAACAAUGUUGAUUUUGAAGAACCGGCAUUUCAUGCUACGUUCGGUGAAUUGGCAGUUGAAAACAUUAAAUCAAGUGAACCGUUAGUAAAAGUGAUCGUGGAUGCUGCUAUUGAAAUGGGAUAUAAAAAGUUGAAGGAUAUAAAUGGCGCCCAUUCCAUAGGCAUCGUGGAACUUCAAGGAACAAUCGUGAACGCAACUAGACAGAGUGCUGCAAAAUCUUUUCUGUUAAAUCUCGAGAGGCCGAACUUGCAUGUUAUUAAAAGAGCACACGUCAGCAAAAUUGUGUUCGAGGGAUUGUUGGCGAAAGGUGUGCAGUUCAAACUGGCGAAUAAACUGGUGAAUGCAUUUACCAAACGAGAAAUAGUUCUUUCAGCUGGGGCCAUUAAUACUCCUCAGAUUUUGAUGUUAUCCGGUAUUGGGCCUAGAGACCACUUGAAGCAAAUGGGUAUCAAAUCCAUUGCAGAUUUACCGGUCGGACAGAAUUUACAAGAUCACGUCAUUGUGGCAUACUUCCUAAAACUAGAACCGAGUGGAGAAGUAAAUAGUGAUAUAAAAGAAAACUAUAUUCAAUACUUGUUAAACCGAUCGGGCAUUCUAACCGGAAUUAGUGGCACGCAUCUGAAUCUUUUUACCAACACCAAUGAGGAACAAAGCCAGUAUCCUAAUCUACAGUUUCACUAUUUAUUUUUUCAUAAAAACGAUGAUUUCCGCAUUUUACAGUAUCUCAAGCUAAUGUCCUACGAAGCUGAAAUCAACAAGACAAUUUUCGAAGCUAGUAAAUCGCAUGACGUUGUUGUUGUUUGGGUUACUUUAUUGAACCCAAAAUCAGUGGGCCAUCUGGAGCUAGUUAACUCAGAUUCGUUCAGCAAGGUAAAAAUUUUCGCCAACUUUCUCGAAAACCCGGAUGAUACACGGCAGCUAUUAGAUGGAUUAAAACUUCAACGCAAAUUUUUACAAACUGCUCCCUUAAGAAAACACAAAGCAACUGAACUGACAUUCGAUAUUCCCGAGUGUAACCGUCAUUCAAGUGAUUCUGAUGAAUACCUAAAAUGCUACGUGAGCUAUUUCUCAACAACCAUCUACCAUCCCGUUGGAACAGCUAGGAUGGGCCCGGAUAGUGACAAACAGGCCGUGGUAGACCCUCGGCUGAGGGUAAGGGGUGUAAAACAACUACGAGUGAUUGAUGCAAGUAUCAUGCCGAAUAUUGUGAGUGGUAAUACCAAUGCACCGUCGAUCAUGAUCGGUGAAAAAGGUGCUGAUCUCAUCAAGUCGGAUUGGCAGCCACACGGGCUGCUUCAGCAACAUUCAGAGCUUUGAACAAGUUGCUGCUAACAAUCUAAACAUUAUGUCUCAUUGUCGAAUAACAUGCUUUUUUGUAGCUUCUAAAGUAACCUUCGGUUAUCCUAGAUUUUUC